GGUGCCAGCAGUUUUUACAACAUCCGCAGCCGCUUUACGACUGCCGUAAAGCGAUACUAGCUGACAAUAAUGAUAUGAGAAAACUGAACACUCUAAGGUUGCUUCGCAUAUUUUAGUCUAUUUAAUACUGUUAAAUUCUGAUAGAGGUUGUUAUAGGUUAUUUUUCAACUCGUCAUUCGUCGACCCGUGUGGAAAAUAGUGUUUUAUUCGCAGUCCGUCCCCCUCUGUGAGGCGAGAGAGCGACGAGAGCCAGUGGAAGAUUUGCUUUUAGCCAGUCAUUGCCAUGGCCUCCGAAAGCGGCGACAGUAACAUGGACAGAGAGAUGAUUUUGGCCAACUUUCAGUUAUGCACUGGAAUUGACAACAUUGCAGAGGCAAUCACCCUGUUAGAACUCAAUAACUGGGAUUUAGUGGCAGCCAUCAAUGGAGUGAUACCACAAGAAAAUGGAAUAUUGCAAAGCGAGGCAAGUCAGGCCAGCAUGUAUGGACCUCUUAACCAAUCAGAAGCAGCCAAUGCAGCAGCAGGAGAUGCUGUCCCCCCUCCCUCCUCUUCAUCUUCUUCCUCGUCUCCUCCAUCGACCUCAGCUUCAGGUUUUUGCCCCGUCAGCGCCUCGUCUCGACACAUUGUAGAGCGGCAGCCACGGAUGCUCAACUUCACUGUAGAGUACCGGCAGCGCUCUGUAGAACUGGUGCUGGAGGAGGGCAGCUCAGUCGGAGAAAUGAAACAAAUCCUUGGGACAGAACUCGGUGUCCCAGUGUCUAAAAUGCAGCUGAAGGGGUGGAAGAGUGGAGAAGUGUCUGACAGUGCACUGCUGAGAACUUUACACCUGCCCAAGAACAACAGCCUCUAUGUUUUAACACCUGACAUCGCCCCCUCCGCCAGCACCAGCAAAAACAGUGCUCUCCAAGAUUCAUUAAACCAGAACUUCCUGCUGGUCAUCAACCACCGUGAAGCCCAGAAGAACUACAACCUCAACUUCCCCGGCUCCAGAACCAUACAGGAAGUGAAGAGGAACGUUUCAGACUUGACCAACAUCCCAGUCCGACACCAACAAUGGGAGGGGUGGCCAGCAUCAGCAUCAGAUGACUCUAUGACGCUAGCCUCCUCGGGAAUCAGCUAUCCUUGCCAUCACCUCAGUGUUUGUCGGAGAUCUUCUACAGUAAAUGCCCAGGAGCCCACAGAGGAGUCUUCAGAUGUCCAUAUGAUCAGUGACAGUGAGGGAGAUGAUUUUGAAGACGCAUCAGAGUUGGGUGUUGAUGAUUCAGAGAUGUUUGGGAUGGGCUCCUCAAGUUGUCGAAAAUCACCCAUGAUGCCAGAAAAUAGUGAGAAUGAAGCCGAUGCCUUACUGCACUUUACUGCCGAAUUUUCCUCUAGGUAUGGAGAAAACCACCCGAUGUUCUUCAUUGGCCCCCUGGAGGCAGCAUCUCAAGAGGCCUUUUAUGGCAAAGCCAGAGAUAGAAAGCUGCUGGCCAUCUACCUCCACAAUGACGACAGUGUUCUCAGCAAUGUCUUCUGCUCCCAAAUGAUGUGUGCUGACUCCAUUGUCUCCUACCUGAGCCAGAACUUUAUCACAUGGGCGUGGGACAUCACUAAGGAAGCUAACAAAGCCAGAUUACUCACCAUGUGUACCCGACACUUUGGAAGUGUUGUAACACAAACGAUAAGGACUUACAAAACAGACCAGUUCCCCCUGCUCCUCAUAGUCAUGGGCAAACGAACAUCCAACGAAGUUUUAAAUGUUAUCCAAGGAAACACAACAGUGGACGAGUUGAUGAUGAGGUUAAUGGGAGCCAUGGAGAUCUUCACAGCACAGCAACAAGAGGACAUCAAAGAUGAGGACGAGCGCGAGGCGAGAGAAAUGGUGAAGAGAGAACAGGACGAGGCCUAUCGUCUGUCGUUAGAGGCUGACCGUAAGAAGAGAGAAGCCCAGGAGAGAGAAGAGGCCGAGCAGGUCCGCCUGGAACAGAUGAGGAAGGAGCAGGAGGAGGAAAAGGAGGCGAUCCGCCUUUCGUUGGAGCAGGCCCUACCGCCAGAGCCCGAGGAGGAGGCUGGAGAGCAAAUCAGCAAACUAAGAAUCCGGACACCGAGCGGCGAGUUUCUGGAGCGGCGUUUCCUGGGGAGCUGCAAGCUGCAGGUUCUGUUCGACUUUGUAGCCUCCAAGGGUUUCCCCUUCGACGAGUUCAAGCUCCUAACCACCUUCCCUCGUAGAAAUAUCACACAGUUAGAUCCUGGUUCAACUCUGCUGGAGGCCAAGCUGUUUCCACAGGAGACACUCUUCCUGGAGGCUAAAGAAUAGGGACGUGGCCCUCCCAUUAGCCAAGAAGACUCACUCACUCACUCACUCACUGACUGACUGACUGACUGAUGACCUGGCUGGAAACACACACACACACACACACACACACACACACACACACACACACACACACACUGAGUAGUCACCCAGCAUGACCCCUCAUCUACUUUUAAACUGGGCCUGCAGUGAAUAGACACACACACACACACACACACACACACACACACACACCUCAUACAUAAAUACAGUGGCAUGCACAUCCAGUGACACACACACACACACACUCACAGUCAUGUAAGCUUCUCUGCCCUUGGCCUGGUCACAAAACAUGAACAUCCUGUGUACAUGUGUUUAAGUAGAGGAGCAAAGACGGAUUCACUACAAGCACACAGCCAAGAAAAAAAAAAAAAGAAAGAAAACAUCACCGUACAAAAACACACGUAAUGACAGAAAUACACACACAAAAAAAUGUCCUAGCCACUGUUUCCUCUCGCAACACAAACUUGAGACGGAGUACAGAAACAUUUUUGUCCAAAUCAGAACAAGAACUUUUCUCUCCUGUCGUUUCCACAUUCAACUCACCGAGGCUGCUUUUUUUAAAUCAUGGUUUUUGUGUUUGAAAUAAAAUUUAAAAAAAAAAUAUGAAAAAUAAAAUAAACUGCAAGGGAUGUUGCCCUGCAGAAA